AUGGGUACCGGCAAGAAGGAGGCUGCCCGCAAGACCCGCCAGGGCAAGGUUGGCGAUGGCAUGGCCAACGUCAAGGUCAAGGGCGAGAACUUCUACAGAGAUGCCAAGAAGGUCAAGAAGCUCAAUGUCCUCACCAAAGGAACCGCCCAGCGCAACGCCGCCGGCGACAUCACAAAAGCCGCCGUCUUCCAGUCGCGUGAGAGACCCUCGGCUCGUAUCGAGCCCAACCGCAAGUGGUUCACCAAUACCCGUGUCAUUUCUCAAGACGCCCUCUCCGCUUUUCGUGGCGCCGUACAGGCUCAGCAGAAUGACCCUUACUCAUACCUGCUUAAGCAGAACAAACUGCCCAUGAGUUUGAUCAAGGAUGACGAGACCAAGAAGAAUGGCUUGAAGCAACACCAGGCAAAGAUCGCCGUCGAAACCGCUCCUUUCUCAGACACUUUCGGUCCCAAGGCACAGCGCAAACGUCCGAAGCUUGCCGUCAGCUCUCUUCUCGACCUCGCUGGCGAGUCGGACAAGAUGCACGAGACUUAUCUUGAUCGCCUCGAGCAAGCUCGUCUUGCUAGUGGACAAGCUACCGACGAUGGCCAAGAGAACGAAGCUGACGGUGCUCUGACUGCUGCAAGAGAAGCCAUCUUCUCAAAGGGCCAGAGCAAGCGUAUCUGGAACGAGCUCUACAAAGUCAUCGAUUCGAGUGAUGUUGUCAUUCAUGUUCUGGACGCCAGAGAUCCUCUCGGUACUCGUUGCCGAAGUGUUGAAAAGUACAUUCGCGAAGAAGCUCCUCACAAGCAUCUCCUCUUCGUCCUCAACAAGUGUGAUCUGAUCCCCACAAGCGUUGCUUGGCUCAUGGAGGCUCUCUUAGUUAUGAUUCACACAUCUCCUUCUUUUGUGUCUUUUCCUUCUUACUUCUUGUGUUCCCACACAUCUACGAUUCCAUCUCCAUCUAUGAAUUGUACUGACCACAGAUUCAGNGCCAACUGGGUUCGCUUACUCGGCAAGGAAUAUCCUACUCUUGCUUUCCACGCUUCGAUCAACAACUCAUUCGGCAAGGGUUCUUUGAUCUCGCUUCUACGCCAGUUUUCUGCUCUGCAUUCCUCGCGCAAGCAGAUUUCGGUUGGUUUCAUUGGAUACCCCAACACUGGCAAGUCUUCCAUCAUCAACACUCUCCGCAAGAAGAAGGUGUGCAAUGUUGCCCCUAUCCCUGGUGAGACUAAGGUCUGGCAAUACAUCACUUUGAUGAAGCGUAUCUACCUCAUCGACUGCCCUGGUGUCGUCCCCCCAAACAUGGGCGAUACAGACGAGGACAUUCUUUUGCGUGGUGUUGUUCGUAUUGAGAACGUUGAGAAUCCCGAACAGUAUGUUGCUGCCGCGCUCAAGAAGUGCAAAAGACACCACAUCGAGAGAACCUACGACGUUCGCGAUUGGGAGACACACACUGAGUUCCUUGAGCUUCUCGCUCGCAAGGGUGGUAAGCUGCUGAAGGGUGGUGAAGCCGACAUGGAUAGUGUUGCCAAGAUGGUUCUCAAUGACUUCCUUCGUGGCAAGAUCCCUUGGUUCACCCCACCACCAGCUUCUGCAGCCGCAUGGGCUGCCGCUGAAGAGGCAAAGGCUGAGAUCCAGACCGAAAUCAUCAAGAAGAGAAAGCGUGCAGUCACAGAUGAAGAUGGAGAAGCCGAAGAAGAGGAUGGCUCCGUCGAGGACGAAGAGGAGGAGGAAGACUUUGCAAGCUUCACGAGCGAUGAGGAAGACGAGAAAGCUGCUGGUGAGGGUGUCGCCAUCGAAGCAACCGAGGAAGGUUGA